GCGGAUAGACCCCACUCGCCGCGGAGUGACGUCACCUUCCGGGCUGUCGCAAGCGCCAAAGACGACGCUUGGGGCGUCGGCUCGCCCUAGAAAACACCGCGCGUUCAUCCGUCAACAUCGGUCGCGAAAGGGCGGCGAAGCGACCUCCAAACGCGGCCACAUCGGCGACAACCGUGAGAAUGAUUCUUAAUCUUCAAAAGAUGCUUAUUCCCAUGCUAUUUUGCAUUCUUCUUGGAGCUCUACAUGUCACUGCACAAGAUGGAUGUGGACCACCACCAAGAGUAAACAAUGGACGACCCGAUUCGACGAACACAUUUUUUCCUGUGAAUGAAUUUGUGCGGUACAAGUGCAAUUCUGGUUAUGCUCCAUCAAGAAACUCUUCAUUACGUCUGACGUGCGUGGCCAAUGGGACUUGGGAAGAGCUAAACUAUUGGUGCGAGCGUAAGCAAUGUUCUCCAAAACCUAUUGACCAAGGCUCUUACACUGGCGGCACCUUUUUCGGAGAUACCGUUACGUAUACGUGUGAUGUUGGGUAUGAGCUCACAGGAAAAAUAUACCAACUUACAUGCAUGGCUGAUGGGACUUGGAAUCCAGUGGAUCCACCAGAUUGCCAGCCUGUCUCGUGUCCUGAGAUAGAUGCUACUGAGAAAUUGGUGUUUCAGCUAUCACUCCAAUAUCAAUACCAAUCAAGGGUUACUUAUAGUUGUGAGGCUGGCUUCUCACUUAUAGGAAACUCAUUUCAGGACUGCUUGGAGAGUGGCACAUGGUCUGCAUCCAAGCCCAUCUGUAAAGAUGUUAAGUGCACGACACCUCCAUGGGACAUCACCGACGGCCAAGCGAUGAGUGAACGUAAAGAAGUGUAUAAGUACAAAGAUAUUGUAAGAUACCAAUGUUCAGCAGGCUAUCAGGCUGAACCAAGUGAAAUCCAGUGCACUGAGAACAACGAGUGGUCUGCCACGGUCAAAUGUGUCUUUACUGGCUGCCGCAACCCUCCGCUGAUUGGCAAUGGUGACGUGGUGCAACCGAAGUCGGAGUAUGCCAUCGGUGACUCGGUGUCCUACAAAUGUCGCGAAGGCUAUCGGUUAGAGGGCAGUGAAACGGCUACUUGUAGGGCAAAAGAUCAGUGGACACAGCCUCCAACGUGUGCAUCGGUCACAUGUGGCCCUCCAGCCACAGUCACCUAUGGGAAAAUAAAGGAACAAGCGAAGACUCUGUAUGCAUAUGGAGACAAAGUGUCAUACAUGUGCGAUGACACUUAUCAUCUGGUGGGAAAUGGUGAAAUUUCUUGCCAAAACAAUGGGCAGUGGUCACCUUCACCUCGCUGUGUGUUAAGAACAACAUCUCUUCCGCGCACGGAAGUUUCGUCUCAGUGUUCGUGUGAACGACCCCCUGCGAUUGAAGACAGAGAAGGACAUGACAAAGACAAGCCUACAUAUGCCUGUGGAUAUAGAUUCUCGUACAAGUGCAAGACAUGUUGCUUUCCAGUUAACUCUGAAAUUACUUGCCAACAGAACGGGAAGUGGUCACAUUCGCCUGACUGUGCGUUUGGAGCUACUUGCGUUGUUGUCCCUGUUAUUAUUAUUGUAGCCCUCAUUGGUGCGAUUGUUGCAUUUGCAUUCUACAAGAAAAUUGCGUGUUUUGCACCAAGUGGAAGCAAAACCAUAAAUGAACCUAGGAAGAAUGAAAACGAAAUCCCUCUUAAUGAUCCUAUGUCGUUCAAGCCAAACGAUGCAUGAGAGAUCACACGGAGCAUGCAGAUGAAUGCGUGUUCUGAAAAAAACAUCUUCUACAGAUCUGGAAUGAAGACCUUUGUAUAGUAAAGAAAAUGAAUAUUAAUAUAAGGACUGAAUAGGGUUCUUAUUUUUCACAUUGGUCUUAUUUAAUGUUAUUUGUUCAGCAGAUGUAAGCGGAACUUGUGGAUACAAAUCUUGCCUUCUAAAUGAUUUUAGCACUGAAAGCCUUAUUUAAUCAGUAUUGUAAAAUAAAACCAACUUUAUUUGGUAAAGGUAAUUUAAGAAUGCACUUGUCCAUAAAAUAAUGUUAUUUUUGACUGCUAAAGCUGCUUGUGAUGCGCCCAUUUCUUUAAAAGUAAAAAAAAAAGAAUUUUCUAAAAUGUGGUGAAUUGGAGAGCAUUUCUAUUGUUACCAGCACCAUAUAGUAUUUAAUUGAAGCACCUUUUUAUAAUCGCUCUAAAUAACUGUUGUGUUGCCUUGGGCCUUUACAAAACAACCCCCCCUCUGCUUUGCCCAUCACGACCAUCAACCUGGCAUUGCAUUGUCUUGUUGGCGCAAGCUUCUACGCCAAUUGUUAUUACCUCAUACCAGCUUUAUCCAUUGGAAAACCCUUACCCACCCUGGCAUGGGAACAUCCCACCCAACCGGCACAUACGCGUGUGCCAGUUUGAAUUCAGAUUCUGGGACCAGCACGCAUUUGUUUAUGCAAUGAUGCAUUCGAUAAACAUCGGCAAGAUUUUGGUGUCUGCUCGGCCGCUUUUUUUUUUAAGCCAAAGAAAUGUGUUUCGGAUUUUUAGUUGUUGGACCCCCCGCAGGUGAUGAUGAUGCCGCCAGUCUACUUAAACCCUUACUCCCACCUUCAGAUAAAAAUAAAACGCUUCUGGAAAAAGCAUUGGCUGAGUUAUGGAGGGACGAAUCCCAUCUUACAUUUGACCACAACAGUUACCUGACUUGAAAUGUACAGGAGCGGUUUGGACGAUGACUCGCUGUAAUUAGGUGUGGAACUCGUGCCUGAUUGGAACUUGGUUUAGACCAAGGGAUAAUUGGAAAAAGAAAGUAAAUUAGGUUCAGUAAAUGCCAAUAAAUGUGUGCAAUUAAAAUACAUUUUGCUGGAAAUUGUAUCAUUCCUGAGAAAUUGGCCCUGAUCUUGUAUAUAUCCUUAGCUCUUACAAUCUUAAUAAAACAAUGUUUGUAUUUCCAUUCUGUAACCUUAGCUUUGUGCCUAAAGCGAGUAGGAACUCAUUCCUAAUCCUUAUAUAAACACAUUUGUAUUGCAUCUUAACCACCACAAAUCACCGUAAUUUCUGAGGAUGUAAGUUUCCAAAACAAAAUGAAUUCUGUAAAAAUUUAAGAAUUACAACGUCCUUUUUGAAAGCCGAACAGCAUGUGAGGGUUGUUUGAGUAACAGUUAUCACCACUAGUGGUGCAUGUUAAUGCUGCAAUGUACGACCUGCUUGCAGUCCCGACUGUGGUAUUUGCUUAAGUGAUUGUGGACAUGUAUAAUAAGUACUCUGCUUUUCCUAUGUUGCCUGUCGUAUUAUAUAUAUAAAAAAAUCACGUUUCAUUACAGUGAGUAUUCCCUCUUGUUUCCCAUCCUUGAUGUAGAUUUAGAGCAAUCACUCCCAAUGUGCUGUUGGCAUGUCAGUUGGCCUUGCGCGCAUGGCUGUUUGCCUCUCCAUCAGUACUUUUGCACAGUUCUGGUGAAAUAAACAACUUUUGCUGACGAUGCCAAUGGCCACGAACACUUAUCCAAAUACAAGAUUACAGCAAAUACGUAAUUACUUUUUAAUUUAAAUGUUAUGAAUCUAAUUAGAAAGCCCUUUCACCGUUGAGCCAAUCCAAUUGUCAAGCUGUGUAUUGAGCAUUUAUUUUCUCUUGCUUUUACCACACACAAUCGAGGUAAUCGUGCCUCAUUUGCGCACUUUGUAUUUUGUUUGCCUUUACAUCUUCUGACUCCGGUUGAGCACAUUACGAAGAAUCAGUGCCGACUAAAGUUGGUCCCAGGCUCCUCCAAACACCAACGAUGUUUGGUUUGAUCCCCAGGUGGCUGAUUAAUUAUAUAAAGAAAUGCUCAGUAUGCAGCCUACCUCAGAAAACCACACUUAUAAAUGACAAGCACGUUAUCUGCGACAAGACGUUCUAACAACGUCCUUUAUAAAUGCUUCUGCAAGCGGGGUUUGCCGUCUUAAUUUUAACGGCUAAUAUCAGUGGUUUGUGCAGACUUAAAUUGCCAAAUGUCUCAGUAUACUCCCAAAUUACUUCAUUUGGAAAGGUGGAAAUCGUCAUACCCACCUCCGUCUCCCAACCCCAAAAAUAACAUUUGACUCGGCCCUCUGGAAAGUGCCACAGGAGUUAAAUGGAUUCUGCGUUUCCCUGACAGGCCACUCUGCUUCUCUCCAAACAUUUUCUUCCAGCUGUGCAAAAAAACCAAUGGAAUAGCAUUCACAAAGACUGUAAAUAAAAAUUAAUUGCCUUGGGAUACUUUUUUUAUUACGUGAAAUCGUACGAUUUCAUCACAAUUGUAGGACGUGUGGUUAUAGUGCGCAAUGUUUCAUGACUGCUAACUGUGUGUGUUUAUAAUGUGGCUAUUGCACCGUGUAUUGUGGUGUUGAACUGUCGUGCCGCGUGUGAUGACUGGAAAUGGUGGUUUGCCUGCAGAGGAAAUGUGAUCUGUUUGGCACAAGCCAGACAUUUGAGUGGAUACAGUGAAACCACUUAAUUGCUUUGUAUAGGAUUGGUAAAGUUGGAAUCUGGUAAUUGAUUUCUUAAAAUGUAAUCUACUGAGCACUGUAGUUGUAGCACUAUAUUAAGAUAGCUUGUAAUCAUAGGCAGAUGAAUGAUUUGUAUUGACAUGUUGCUCGAUUUUUUUUUCGAUGUUUGGCUGCUGUUUUACUUACGAGAACGCAAGUUAGUUUUUCAGUGUUAGCUAUAAUGGUGUUGGCACUGAAAAGAAAGUUAAGAUUUGGACCUGUGCUUAGAUUCAGACUUGGGUCCUAUACAUAUUCCCCUCUUAAUUCUGCUUGGAUAUAUGUGCAGUAAGGUUAUUCAAAUGCAUUUCUAAGACAGUGCUGAUCACAAAUCAGGUGAUAAUAGUGUCAAUAUUAUGAACUUUUUAAAGGCAUUUAUUUUAUAAAGGAAAUGAUGGAUACUCAAAGUUAAAUAAAUAAGUGACAACUUGCCUACAAGGGGCGAUAUGAAGGGUAUAAUAAACAAAUCUUGUUUCAAUAGACAUCGGAGGAAAUGCCUUUGAAAAUUAUUAAGAGUCCAUAUAAAUUAAAAACAAAGAACUGCAUGUAAACUGAGAACGGUUCCAACAACUUGUGAAUGCGUAGAUUUGCAGUGAAGCUCGUGAUGAUGGGGUUUUGGGUCGAAGCGCAGUGUUGAAGGGUGACGUUUGGGCACUGUUUGCGAGUACUUGUGUGUUUAACCUGUUGAGCUUUUAUAAUAAAUACUGCCAAAAUUGGGGCCUCAAUUGCUGGCGGUUGCUGGUGGUUUUCAUGACCUAAAUCCAUAAAACACUGGCAAUAAAUACAUUUGUUUAGUGAUAAUUGCUAACAGCACAAUGCUUUGGAGAAGAUGUACCAUAGGUUUUGCUGCCUGCCUUUGUACUGGACAGCAUUAAAGACAUCACGUGAUAUCUGUCGUUCGUUGCCUUGCUCUGCUUGUGUUAAGUUUGUAUUAAAGUGACGCUUACACGUGGCAU